AUGGUUACAAGCAUCUCUGUAUGUUUAAGCUAUUAUUGCUACUUUUAUAAAAAUAAAUAUUCCUUUGGUCAGGCUAAACUUGCAAAAUUACGGCGAGAGUUGCUCACUCCUACAACCAAAGGUGGUGGUGGUGCUGGUGAGGGGUUUGACGUGACGAAAAGUGGAGAUGCACGUGUUGGUUUGGUGGGCUUUCCUUCGGUUGGGAAAUCAACAUUGUUGAACAAGCUGACGGGAACUUUUUCAGAGGUUGCGUCCUAUGAGUUUACAACUUUAACAUGUAUUCCUGGAGUUAUUAUGUACAAAGGAGCUAAAGUACAGGCACUACUUGUUAUUCAGCUUCUAGAUCUUCCGGGAAUCAUUGAAGGUGCUAAAGAUGGAAAGGGUAGAGGGAGGCAGCUCAUAAAGCACAUUGUUACUGGAUAUUUCAGGGAAGUUACCUGGAUAUUCUUUAAAAUCUUCCUUGAGAUGGCAAAAAGUAAUUUCAUUUGUGUUGCACCUUUUCAGAGUCAUGUCAUCAGUACAGCCAGGACAUGUAAUGUCAUUCUGAUUGUUCUUGACGCCAUAAAACCAAUAACUCACAAACGUCUCAUUGAGAAAGAGCUUGAGGGAUUUGGCAUCCGGUUGAACAAGACACCUCCCAAUAUGACAUUCAGGAGAAAGGAAAAGGGUGGCAUCAAUUUUACAUCAACAGUAGCGAACACACACUUGGACCUUGACACAGUAAAAGCAAUCUGUAGUGAGUACAGGAUUCAUAAUGCUGAUGUCUCCCUGAGAUUUGAUGCAACAGCAGAUGACCUUAUAGAUGUCAUUGAGGGAAGUAGAAUCUACAUGCCUUGCAUCUAUGUCGUCAACAAAAUCGACCAGAUCACAGUUGAAGAGCUGGAUAUCUUGGACAAACUUCCCCAUUACUGCCCAAUUAGUGCACAUCUGGAAUGGAACCUUGAUGGGCUUCUAGAGAUGGUCUGGGAAUACCUAGAUUUGUGCAGGCUAUACACAAAACCCAAAGGGCUGAACCCAGACUAUGAGGAUCCUGUGAUCUUAUCAUCCAAGAGGAAAACAGUGGAAGACUUCUGCAACCAAAUCCACAAGGACAUGGCGAAACAGUUUAAAUAUGCACUGGUGUGGGGUUCUAGUGUGAAGCAUAAGCCUCAGAGAGUCGGCAAGGAGCAUGAGCUUGAGGACGAGGACGUUGUUCAGAUCAUUAAGAAAAUAUAA